AUGGCACGCGUUUACGCAGACGUGAACCAGAAGAUGCCCAAGACAUACUGGGAUUACGAUAGUGUCAAUAUAUCCUGGGGAGUCCUAGAGAAUUAUGAGGUUGUGCGGAAAAUUGGCCGAGGAAAAUAUUCAGAAGUGUUUGAAGGCGUAAACGUCGUUAACUACCAGAAAUGCGUCGUUAAAGUCCUCAAGCCGGUCAAAAAGCGGAAGAUCAAGCGAGAAAUCAAGAUUCUCCAGAACUUGUCUGGAGGUCCUAAUGUCGUCGCGUUGCUUGAUGUUGUUCGCGAUAGUCAAAGCAAGACGCCUAGCCUGGUCUUCGAAUAUGUUAAUAACACCGACUUUCGAACACUAUAUCCCCGAUUGACAGAUUACGAUGUCCGAUACUACAUAUUCGAGCUUCUCAAGGCUCUGGACUUCUGCCAUAGCAAGGGAAUAAUGCACAGGGAUGUCAAGCCGCAUAACGUCAUGAUUGACCAUGAGCGGAGAAAGUUGCGACUUAUCGAUUGGGGACUUGCAGAGUUCUACCAUCAAGGCAUGGAGUAUAAUGUCCGGGUUGCCUCCCGAUAUUUCAAAGGCCCCGAGCUCCUUGUCGACUUCCAGGAGUACGACUACUCUCUGGAUAUGUGGUCCCUCGGGGCCAUGUUUGCCUCUAUGAUAUUCAGAAAAGAGCCGUUUUUCCACGGCAGCAGCAAUGCAGACCAGUUGGUCAAGAUUGCCAAGGUACUUGGAACGGACGACCUGUUUGACUACCUCGACAAGUACAACAUUGAGUUGGACCCCCAGUAUGACGAGAUUCUCCAGCGUUAUCAACGCAGACCGUGGAACUCUUUCCUCAGUGCCGAGAAUUCGAGAUUCAUUAGCAACGAAGCCAUUGACUUCUUGGACAAGCUACUCAGAUAUGACCAUACAGCCCGUCUAACUGCUCAGGAGGCGAUGGCACACCCAUAUUUCUCCCCUGUUCGUGCUGCCGCCUCUACAAAUGCCCAAAGCAACACAGGAUCUGCCUCAAAUGCCUAA